AUGCCCCGCGGCAUCCGCUUCAAGGUCAAAGACCUCACCUUUAAGGAAAAGGGCAUGUUUGCCAAGUUCACCAUCGCUGUCUGCGGGUCCUUCAAGAACAACCCCAACACCCACUGGAACGACACCAACCUCCACCGCUGGAUCACGCUCCGGGGCGGGCGGUAUCAUAAAGGAGCUACCAUCACGAGGGACGUCACUCAUUUUGUGACGGACGAGGAUGAGCUGAGGUCGAGGUCUCCGAGGGCGGUGGAGGCGUUGAGGAACAAGAGGAUUCAGAUUGUACCGUUGGAGUGGUUGGAGUUUAGCAUGAUCAACAGGAAGGUCUUGCCGGCGGUGAAGGGGGGGGAGUAUGACUUGCGGGAGGGGGUGAGGAGGGAGGGGGAGAGGGUUAGGAGGGAGAGGAGGGUUGAGAUGGGGAGGGUGUUGGGGGAGAGGGCGGUUAAUACUAAUUUAUACCGGGUUUACACGGAUGGGACAUUUUACCGGUAUGAGGUUGAGUUGUUUCGGGAGUCGAAUGCUGUUCAGGGACCAACGCCGGAGACGACGCAGGUGAAGCUGCAGCUUCCGGCUUUGUCUAAGGGGGUGUCAGAUCUAGACUCUGAGGUUGAGACAAAGGCAGAAAUGGGAUCAGAGAAUCAGACACCGACAGAAAAAGAACCGGGUUUCUCUUUGCACCAUCAUGUGGUCAUCUUUGAGGAUGGCCCUGAGCUGGAUGCUCAGCCCAAGUAUCGCACACCCAUGGAUUUGCAGCUGGCUUAUCGUCAGCUGCCUACUCUCACGACUGUUACCCCCGAAUCUCAAGACAAAGUUGACCCUGAGGAUGUUGAGAUGGACAUUGAGGCUGAACCAGAGACACCCACCAAGACGGCCAGAGUUGACCGUGGGGAGAAGUACACACUUACGCUCUACGAAUCCCUAGCCCAACCCCCCCUCUACUUCUUUUGCGCCAAGUACUCCAAGUCCAGCACGGACACCUUUCCCAAGUAUUACCGUCCCUCGGAGACACCGCAGCUCUUUUGGACAGAGUACACUCACUUUAUUGAGUUCUUCCACAAGAAGACGGGGGUGGAGUGGCGGAAGAGGUUGCUGUUCUGUGGUGAGGGGAAGUCAGGUGCGGGAAGUAAGAGGAAGGGGAAGGGGAAGGAGGAAGAUGAUAGGGAGGCGGGGGAGGGGGAGGGGGUGGAAAAGGGGUGGUUUACGUACUCUCCUCCUGGGGGUGGGAAGCCAGCUGGGUGGGUUCCGGAGGAGUAUAUCCCCAAGGAGAAGGAGGGAGAGGUAGAGCGCAGUGGGGGGACGGAUGGGAGGGAAUAG